AUGGUGUUUGAAAUACUCCAAAAAGAGGAAAUAAUCAACAUUGAUAAGAUAUUUGAUGCACUAUAUGAGGAACUUAAUAGAGUUGAUGGUGAAGUUCAUGAGAUAUUGCAUACCAGAAAAAACGUCAAUAGAAGACUGGGCGACGUGCUAAAUAGUUUUGAAGCAAUUGGGAUGAUUUCAAGAGAUGGGAGGAUGRUCAAAUGGUUAGGCUAUCCAAACUACGAAGACGAAGAAGAGGUAAAGAAGCUCAAGAACGAGAAAGAAAAGCUCGAGGAACGUAUUGAAGAAAAGAUAAAAAGGCUGGAAACACUGGCUAUCCAGUCAGCGUCCUUCAAGAGCUUGCUCUGCUUAAAAAGGAACGAGGUAAAGGAACAGCAACAAGGCAUUGUUAAUCUGCCCUUCAUUGCCAUCAGAACGGAUAAGAAUACCAACGUGGAAUGCAAUGUUUCUUCUGAUGAGUGA